AUGGCUCCAAGACCACAAGUGGGGACCGACUCCUCCCGGACCCCCCCCUCCUUAGACAACGAUGCUCAGGUUAAAGAUGCCGCCAUCCUGCCGGCUUACUCCACCGUGGACCUGGUGAAACAGGAUCCAGAUGCAGAGAACCCCUGGGACCUCCCGGAGCUCAAAGACCUGGGGGUCAGGUGGUCAGACCUGGACACAAAGGGGAAGCUCAUGAGGGUGCUGACCGGCGUCGCCAAGACCCUGGUGCUGCUCGGGCUCCUCUACCUGUUCAUCUGCUCACUGGACGUCCUCAGCUCGGCCUUCCAGCUCGUCGGAGGCAAAGCUGCUGGUGACAUCUUCCAGGACAAUGUGAUAUUGUCCAACCCUGUGGCCGGGCUGGUGAUCGGGGUGUUAGUCACAGUGCUGGUGCAGAGCUCCAGCACCUCCUCCUCUAUUGUGGUCAGCAUGGUGUCCUCUGGAUUGCUGGAUGUCCAGUCCGCCGUGCCGAUCAUUAUGGGCGCCAACAUCGGAACAUCGGUCACCAACACCAUCGUGGCGAUGAUGCAGGCGGGCGACCGGAACGAGUUCCGCAGGGCCUUCGCGGGCGCCACGGUCCACGACUUCUUCAACUGGCUGGCGGUGUUGAUUCUUCUGCCCCUGGAAGUCGCCACGGGCGUUCUGUACAAACUCACCCACCUCAUCAUCGAAUCCUUCAACAUCCAGGGCGGAGAGAACGCCCCCGACCUGCUCAACGUCAUCACGGACCCCCUCACCGACUCCAUCAUCCAGCUGGAUAAAUCUGUCAUCACCGGCAUUGCCACCGGCGACCCGGCAGCCAGAAACAAGAGUCUGAUCAAAAUAUGGUGCAAGAAGGAGACCAACACGACCUUCUGGAAUGCGACGGUGGGAAACUGCACCGCCGGUUCUGUGUGCUGGGACGAAGGAAACCUGACCUGGACCCAGAUGAACUCGUCUUGGACCAUCUACCAAGAGAAAUGCUUUCACAUCUUCGUCAACGCCAACCUGCCGGACCUGGCGGUGGGCCUCAUCCUGCUGGCCCUGUCUCUGCUCACGCUCUGCACCUGCCUCAUCCUCAUCGUCAAGCUGCUCAACUCCAUGCUGAAGGGCCAGGUGGCUGUGGUCAUCAAGAAGGUGCUCAACACAGACUUCCCCUUCCCCUUCGCCUGGGUGACCGGCUACAUCGCCAUGCUGGUGGGCGCGGGGAUGACCUUCAUCGUGCAGAGCAGCUCCGUCUUCACCUCGGCUAUAACUCCGCUCGUCGGCAUUGGUGUCAUCAGCCUGGAGAGGGCGUAUCCUCUGACCCUGGGUUCAAACAUCGGGACGACGACCACGGCGAUACUCGCCGCGAUGGCGAGCCCCGGAGAGACGCUGGCCAACUCCCUGCAGAUCGCACUUUGCCACUUCUUCUUCAACGUCAUGGGCAUCUUACUGUUGUACCCCAUCCCCUUCACGCGGGUGCCCAUCAGGCUGGCCCGGGGGCUGGGGAACCGGACGGCGGAAUACCGCUGGUUCGCCGGCGUCUACCUCUUCCUGUGCUUCCUGGUGUUCCCCCUGACCGUGUUCGGCCUGUCGCUGGCCGGCUGGCAAGUGCUGGUCGGCGUCGGCGUGCCCUUCGUGGCGCUGGUCGUCUUCGCGAUCGUGGUGAACGUGAUGCAGUCGCGCUGCGUCCGCUUCCUGCCCUCGUGCCUCCAGAACUGGGACUUCCUGCCCCGGCCGCUGCACUCCAUGGAGCCGUGGGACGCCGCGGUCACCGCCGUCUUCGGCUUCUGCGGCAAACGCUGCUGCUGCUGCUGCAAGUGCUGCAGAGAGGACGGCGAGAAGGGGAGGAGGAACAGCAAGAAGAGCCUGGAGAUGUACGACAACCCCGCCAUGGCGGGAGAUGAGGAAGCGGUCGUCAAGGCGACGCAGCUUUAA